UUUCUAGGGUUUAUGUAAAAACCCCAAAAUUCGUUUUUAAUACCCCCAUUCGUUACUCGCAAAAUUGACAUCAAAGUAUCUGUUGAAUCAAUAAAAUGGAGGCAUUGAAAGAGUGUAGAGCGAAUUUGGUUGUAUAUUUACACCCACAGAAGGCUAAAAGGGUCAAGGAUGCUGUUUAUCGUGAACUCAGCUCUCUUCUUUUCAAGUUCAAUGAAGCUUUAGAUGGUGUGGUAUUGACUUAUGAACCAAAGUUUAGUAGCAAUUUGGCUAAAAUUCUGCCAGGAAUUCACCCUUAUUUUGGUGUGAGAUUUGAAGCAAAAUUGCUACUUUUUUAUCCCAAGCCAGAAAUGCUAUUAGAAGGUGAGGUCGUCAAAGUUGGCCAGCAGUCUAUUCACAUAAUUGUUCUUGGUUUUGCUUCUGCCUUCAUAGCAGAUGAAGACAUUCGAGAAGAUUUUAAGUAUAAAAUUAAACAUGGGAAAGAAGUUUAUAUCAGCAGAUCUGACAAGAAACAUAGGAUCAAAGUGGGAACUACUCUACUCUUCUCAGUCAAGAGUUUUGAUGAAGAGAUGCUGCAUGUAUGUGGAUCAUUAAUUCCAACUAACACGGGAAGUGUUCAGUGGUUGGAGAGGAAGGCAGAAGAGUCUCAAGCUGACAGUGUUACUGAAAAGAGCAUAAGCAACAAAAGGCCUGUUGAAGUGCUUGAGACUGAUAACUUAGUGCCCUACUCGGAAAAAUUGAAAUCCGAAAAUCAUAUCAAGAAAUCGAGAAGAUCUAAAAACAGAGCUAGCUGAAUGUGCUAAUUGUAUGCAUACAUCAAGACAAUUUUUUGAUAAGGCUAGUUUACAUGCAUUGAAUUUGACCUCAGAAGGUGAAUGCCAAAAACUACGGAGAAUUGGUUAACAGCUUGGAUGCAAGGUGAUAUAUUCUGUGGUUUGUGAAGAACGGACUGGUAAAUAUGGUUGCAGAUGGCCACAAUUAUACUGGUCUUUGUUGUUGUUACUGCCCUUGAUGGCAAAGAUUAUAUAGGAGAUAAUAUGUUAAUUUGCACUAUCUAUAUCAAUGUAAUCUUCUGAUUAAAUUUAUGCUGCUAAUAGCUGUUGCAUUCAUAUUCUUGCUCUCAAUUAAUUGAUGAGGGAUGAUUGGUUGAUUGAUUAAUGUCCAAAUUUUGUGUGUACACUUGGAAUUUGAA